GAAAGAGCGCCUUUGGAUACGGUGCAUGAAGAUAGGCCCUCACAGCUCGUAGCGUUUGUGGACGCAAAUUCUCUCAUUUAUUUAACAAAAAAAAUACGAAGCACAAAUUCUUCGCCAGCCUCAAAUUAACCAAACAAAUGUGAACAAAACACAGAAUCUAAUUCAGUCGGUUUCCAAUUCCACAUCUUCUUUCCUCUUUCCAUGAUUUUCUUUCCUCCCAAACAAACCUAAAUAAAUUGGGAAAAAAAAGGGAAAAGAACAAAAUCAGUGCCGUUGAUUUGGGCCUAUAAAUCACAGCCACGAGCUUAGGGUUAGCGUUAAAGAGUCGGCUUGGCCUUCAGCUCACGCCGUAUAUUCAAAACCAUAUGUUAAUACAUACAAACAUUUGCAUUCCAAUAAGUUUGUAAGUUUCUGCUGCAGAAGAAGAAAACCAAGGUCUUUCUCUUACAGUGCGUGCCCUCUAUUACAAUCUGGCUAAGGGAAGGCCAGCAGCUCUUGUGUAUGUUCUGGUUGGGGUUCCCCAAUUGACAGAUAAUUUCUUUCAGUCUGGCCGCUGCAGCAAAAUUAAUUUCUUCUCGCACCUCUAAAAGGGUGUGGGGUAAUAAUGAGAGAGUGAUUUUGCUUUGUGUUUUAAGGAGAUCAAGAUCAUCACACAUCUGGAGAUUGUGCCGCGUUUCAGUGGGUUUGUCGCUUGAUUAUGGCUAAGGCCAUCCAGGGUUAAACUUUUGGAAGCUUGAUGGUAGUUCUUCAGUGUACAUAACAAGAUCACGUUCAUUCGAGCUUCCAGACAAUAAUGAGCACAAUAGUUUGCCGUUGAUAGUUUUCGGUGUGAUCGAAAGUAGUUAAUGUGUUGAUGUAGCCCUGGUAGUUUGCCACCCUGGUAGUUUGCCAGUAAUGGUUAGGUUCUCAUGUUUCCAAGCUCACGUCCAUUGCCCCAAACCUAAGAAAACUCUUCAACCUUCAGUUGAAGCAAUGCAUAAAACAUUACAAGUUUGUUCUCAAAAUCAAGCUUUGAAGAAUUCAUCUGGCAAAACAAGCUUAAACCUAUCACAGACAGAAGGAAUUUCUCAAGUUAAUAGCAGUUUAAAGCAUGUAUCUUCUCUUGAAGCUGAUUGGAAAUCAGGUGAUAUGGAAAGCAGCUUCAUUAAAGAAAGUGACCUCAAGGUUACUCAGACAGGGCGCAUUAUAAAGAGUAGGUCACUAGGAAGUGCAUUAUACCUGAAGGGGAGGGCUUCUGCUAACAAUGACGCCGAGGAUGAGACUGAUCAAGGAAUUUCUUGUGAUGGUUCUCAGGAUCACAAUGGAUUGGUGGUGCCAGAUGGAAGUAGGGACAGAGGAGAAAGCCCACCUGAACAAUGUCAGACAAGUCCUACAUCAGACUAUUGUCAGGUACGUUCUGGGAUUGUCAAUAAUGAAUCAAUUUUCUCAAUCGGAGAACCAUUACAUACAGAAAAGGAAGGCCCUGAAAAUUCUGAUACUCCACCAUCUGGAGAGUUUGGUAUUGACUCUGGUGACCAUACACCUCGUGCACCACAAGGGCUUGUUAAAUCACAUUCUUUUGCAAACAUCAGUGCUUGUUCUCCGACUACCGAGGGGCAUUCUCCUAUUAACCGUUUACCAGUGCAUUCAAGAUCUUCUGAGGACCUACAUGCCUUAGGCAUACAACGGAAAGGGAUUUCAGUUCAUGAGGCUGAAAUUCAGGUAAUACAAGAAAAGGAUGAUGAUAUCGGGGGUAAAUCUGAGAACCGUAAUUUUGAAAACUCCAUUGAUGAUGGUUAUGAUUCCUGUAACUACUCUGGUUAUGCAAAGGACUGGAUAGUGCCAGCUACAGAUGAGGUACGCACGGAGAAAAACCUCCAAGGAGAAUCCUCAGUUCAAAGUUGGAAUGAAUUGCCAAGCAAGGAUUUUAGGGUUAAGCGCAUUGAGGAAUGGGUUAAUAAUCUUCAGCAUAGCAGCCCGUUGGAAGAAACAAAUGAAUUGCCCCAAUCUAAUGAUCAGGUGAAGAGAGACUCCAAUGACUCAAAUGGUUUGGUGGCUGCUAAGACGGAUGCUAAGGUCACUCCUGGCAUGGAAGCAGCUAAAAGAUAUAUAUCUUCUUUGAGUGCAGCUGCCACCACAGCUCACCUGGCAAAUCAUGGACUAGUAGUGAUCCCAUUUCUUAGUGCUUUUGUAAAUCUGAAGGUGGUCAAUUUAUCUGGAAAUUCCAUAGUGAGGAUAACUGCUGGUGCUCUUCCUAGAGGACUUCAUAUGUUGAAUCUGUCAAAAAACAAUAUUUCUACCAUUGAGGGUUUGCGUGAACUCACAAGACUUCGUGUCCUGGACCUGAGCUACAACAGGAUUUUGAGAAUUGGACAUGGCCUAGCUUCUUGUUCCUCUCUAAAGGAGUUGUACUUGGCUGGAAACAAAAUCAGUGAGGUGGAGGGUCUUCAUCGCCUCUUAAAACUGACCGUUCUGGAUCUGCGUUUUAACAAAAUCUCGACAGCAAAGUGCCUAGGUCAGCUUGCAGCUAACUACAACUCCUUGCAAGCCAUCAGCUUGGAAGGAAACCCAGCUCAGAAGAAUGUUGGAGACGACCAAUUGAAGAAGUAUCUGCAAGGACUUCUUCCCCACAUGGCUUACUACAACCGGCAGCAGAUCAAGAAUAGCACCCUGAAGGAUGCUGCAGAUCGGUCCGUGCGGUUAGGCAUUAGUAACCACCAGUUUGAUCGUGGCCUUAGACCAGAUCACAAGGCUCCAAGGAAGGCUAGCCACGGUAUAUCAUCUCACAGGCCAUCAACUCACGGCCAUGGAAAUCAAUCUGUAGUGCCGCUGAAGAAGUCCAGGGCUCGUCAUGGGCACCUCCCUCCCAGUGGAACUAAAGCAUCGACACAUAGUCGACAUCACUACUUUGAUUUGGGCAGCAAACUUAUGAACCUCAAACAGGACCUCUCCAUGCGCAGGAGUCGGAGCGAGGGAACUAUGGCAGCUAUGUGAGGUUUUAUUUUCAUGCUUUGUAGUGGUUCAUACAUUUUGUUGGGUUUUGGUUUGUGUUUGGAUUUCUAUGUUUGCAUAAUGUAUUAACUUUGUGAUACUUUAAUUUUUCUGCGCUUUCUGAAGA